AUAUGUUCAUGUUUUUUUCUAUUAUGCCUUUAUGCUCUGGCGUCCUAUUAUGCUCAAAAUUAUGCCAGUAUAAUCCGCCAAGGCCUAUCUCCAGUCCAAACUCGCUCCGCCUGCCCCUAUUUCAUUCACUCGUGGAAUCGCACACCGCGAGGGUCUGUGCGCAUGCGCAUCUACGAUCGCGCGCGCGCGGGCACACCCGGACACGCCUAGCUCGGGCCUCUUGUAACGUCCAGUGUGGCAAGCCCGCAGACAGGGCGUGACAGAGAAGUUCUUCAUGAAGGCGUGGAAACAGAUUGACAUUCUUCUCCUUUGGUGUGUGUUGCCAGCAACAAUCACAGGGGAUGUGUUCUUGCAUUCAAUUGCUGUAAAAUGUGGAGGGGAGAUAUACUGUUCAUGUUUUGCAAAUAAGACAAACGCAGUUUCUAUCAGUGCAAGCAGGGAGAAUACUUCAUAUGGGACCCAUACAUUUGAACGAGGCAGUCAUCGACAGGUUUCACUUGGGCCAUUAGAACUCUAUGUGUAAAAGCUGAGAAGGAUCCAGAUUUCAUUUUUCUGACAAAUUUUGAAAUAAGAAUGGAACACAAUUCAAGAGAACUCCUCAACAUAUCGUGUUUUGAUGUGUCUAUGAAGAAGGAACUCCAGGCACCCACUGAGUUUGAAAGUGGUGAUUGCCAUGUAAAAGCAUCACUAGAGGAAAAUGUUUUGGAAUGGGAUCCACCAUCCUGUGAAGGAUGGCAAGAUAUUCAGUACUAUACAGUGAUGUAUGGAAAUAAAAGUUCAAUUGAAACCGAACGUCAUGUUACAUAUGCUCAAGAUAUAUUGAAUGGAACCUCUAUUGGCAAGUCAACUAUGAAUAUGUUCAUUGCAGUAGUUCUAAGUUUACUGCAUAUGACGUGGAGGUGUGAAGGUAAUGUUGAGCUUUAUUUGAAGGAAGGAAAAAAUCCUGCAGCCUGUGGUGGCUCUAUUACAUUUACUUGCAAAGCCAAUAACACUAAUGCUGUUUCGAUUGUUAAAAAUGGCAUUCUCUGUCAAACAUUUGAAAGAAGUGGAAGCACUGGACCUAAUAAUUGUUCUCAUGAUUUAAGCAUUGAGCUUGUAAGUGCUGUGGCCAACCCUUCUAACCCUUUUAUUACAAUAUUCGAAAUUGAUGGACAACAUUACUUUGAAGAUGAAAAAGAAGAGGUCACUGUUGAAUGUAAGGAUGCAAUGGGUACAGCAAAGAUAUUAACGCUGCAAGUUAACAGUGGAUCUUGUCAUCCUUUACCUGAAUGCACAUACAACUGCUCAAACUGCCCCAGAAGUUGCUACGAUGGUUUUUCCAUUCAAGUACCGCAACCGUGUCAUGGGUUUGAAGAUAACGUGGUGGUGGGACUGAAUUACAAUGGCAUGUUAAUUCAAAACAGUGAUUUCUGCUUUGAUUUCUGCUUUGACUUCUGUAAAGAUAACCUCAUCAGUGGUAAUCUCAGCAUUGCUCUAGCUAAUAAGUGUGGGGAGACACUUGUGACCUCUCCUUGUAUCGCUGUAGAGCUGCUGACUUCAGACGCAAUUUCCACUGUAAUAAUCAUGUCUACUGCUCUUGUCACACUCACAAUAAUGCUUAUUAUCUUCAUCAUAAUAGGGUGAAUGUUAAUAUGCACAACAACCAUUUACCCCUAAGUGUUGUCUCACUCCAUUUUUUACUACCUUAUUUUCUUAUUAAUUAAUUAAAAACCGAAGUAAAUUACGGUUGCAUUUUGAGCAAGAGUGUUUUUGUGUUCAUUGUGCUGCUUACAAGUGCU